CAUUCAUCCAUCGUCAAAAAUCAGGCGCGCCCUUCUCUUUCUAUAUCUUCGUCCCGAUUCUCCUUUUCUCCCCCUUGCCCUUUCCCACACUUUCCCGUUCCCAAAAAAAAUCCUCAAUCGACAGGUCCCAUCGAGCCGAGACGCAGUCGAUUUCGCUCUCUCAUCCGAUCAGCGGAUUGAUUCAGCAGCCUACAGAGGAAGCAGACCUCCGGAGAAAAGAUCAGAACAUGGCUUCCGAGCAAAACGAAGGAUCGACAAGCGUGCCCUUCUCCGACCCGAAGCUGUGCGCGAACAACUGCGGGUUCUGGGGCAACCCGACCACCAUGAAUCUCUGCUCCAAGUGCUACAAGGACUGCUGCCUCAAGGAGGAGCGUGACGCCACCGCCAAGGCCGCCGUCAAGAGCUCCUUCAACUCCAAGCCCGCCUCCUCAUCCUUUCCCAAGGACAAGGCUGACAUCUCCUCCUCCAUCAUCGACUGCUCGGCGGCAAAGGCGGCGGGGGCGGUCGAGGUCGCGGCCCCUGAGGGUUCCGGGGCGGAGCAGCCUCCGCCGAAGGGGCCAACCCGGUGCGGAGGGUGCAACAAGAAGGUGGGUCUGACAGGGUUCAACUGCAAGUGUGGGAAGACGUUCUGCGGGGCGCACCGGUACCCGGAGAGCCACAACUGUACGUUUGACUUCAAGGGGGCCGGGCGGGAUGCCAUAGCCAAGGCCAACCCGGUGGUGAAGGCGGACAAGGUGGAGCGGUUCUGAUGCCAGGUAACGAUCACUGGUGGGUCCCCCCUCAAUUCCUAUGGUGUCUUAGCUACUUUAGGGUGUUAUCUCUUUUGGUGGGGUUGGGUGGAGCUGGUAGGGGAAGAAAACAAUUUGGAGGGGCUAAAUAAAAAGGUCUUGUGAUAGGAUCGGUUGGCUUUGUUGUUGGAGUUUAGUUCCUCUUUGCUGUGGUUCCAAUACAAUUUGUCUUCCUCUUUUAUGGAUGAAAGUUUGCGACUGCGAUGCAAAUCGUUGAAGCUCUGAGCUCUGACAGGCGUGGAGUGCCUGGUGCGACGCCGUGAGAAUGUCGCAAGUGUUUUCUGAAACCUUUCAUACAUAUGUUACUUCCCGACUCCCUUCUAUGAGAAGAUUACAGUUGCAUACCGUGCAAUGUUUUCUUUCAUGCUGUUGUAUUAUUGAACUGUCGGGAUACAUAUGAAAAAGUCGAUGUCAGCAUGAAUUUGUCAACUCGAUUUUUUUUUAUUGAUCGAUCGAUCUACCAAACGGUUGACCUCUAUGAUUAUAAAAUAGCACCGCUUCAAUUGGAUU